GCUAUGAGAGAGUUUCGCCGCUCGUGCGAGGCUGUCGCGUCGUUCGGUGUAGUUUUCUUUCGCGCCACGGACUUUUCGGGUUUCGUCAUUAUUUUUUUUGCGUCACGCGGGUGACCUCUUUGUUUGCGCACGUCCGUCGCGAGACAAGUUAGAAGGCGUCGUGCGGUUAAAGUUUUUCAAGAAAUAGAAGCUAAUAGAUAUACAGAGAAGAAAAAGAGUGAAGCGUGGAAAGGGUAUAGAGAGGGAGGGAGGAAGGUAGUAAGAGAGCGACCGAAAGACCGAGACAGAGACGGAGAGAGAGAGAGAGAGACAGACAGACAGACAGAGAGAAAGAAAGAAAGAGAGAGACAGAGAGAGGAGAGGAGAGAAAGAGAGAGAGCGAGAGAGAAAGAAAGAAAGAGAGAACGGAAUCCCCGAUGCGGCGGGGUGUCUCGCGCACGUAACGAGCGCAAAUGACGACUUCGAUGUUGCUCAGCUUCAACCCGCCUAUCGUGAAGCGGCUGCUAGGCUGGAAGAAGGCCGAGGGCGAGGACAAAUGGAGCGAGAAGGCCGUCAAGAGUCUCGUUAAGAAGUUGAAGAAGUCGGCGGGUCUCGAGGAACUCGAGAAGGCCAUUACCACGCAAAGCUGCAAUACCAAGUGCAUCACUAUACCGAGUUUUGCCGGCCAUUCUCGUGCCGCGGCACAAUCUAGCCGGGGACGAGACCGUACUCUACAACACCUCCCUCGAGGAGCUGAGCGUCAGCGUACCGGAAAACACGAGCUUCCACGCGACGUUGAAUCAUCAGCAUCACAAUCAACAAAACAUACCGCAAUCCCCGCAACAACAACAACAGCAGCAACAACAACAACAACAACAACAGCAGCAGCAACAGCAACAACAACAGCAGCAACAACAACAACAACAACAACAGCAGCAGCAACAACAACAACAACAACAACAGCAGCAGCAGCAACAACAACAACCAAGCAAUCCAUACCAAGGAAUGCAGGAUCAAUUAUUUCGUCGUUUAAACAGAGUAUGCAGGCAACCAGUCCAGCGAGUGUUGGGAGUCUAGGAAGCGUGCAAGGCUCGCCUCAUCCUACGUCGGGAUCUAUGGAUCCUCCAGCUGAUACACCACCACCCGGAUACAUCAGCGAGGACGGCGAUAACAUGGAUCACAACGAUAAUAUGUCUCUAUCCCGCUUAUCACCCAGUCCUGUAGAUGCCCAGCCCGUAAUGUACUGCGAGCCAGCCUUCUGGUGUUCGAUAAGUUAUUACGAGCUAAACACAAGAGUUGGGGAGACGUUUCAUGCCUCACAACCAAGUAUCACAGUGGAUGGUUUCACGGAUCCAAGUAAUUCCGAACGCUUUUGUCUCGGUUUGCUCUCGAACGUUAAUCGUAAUAGCGUGGUGGAACAGACCAGACGGCAUAUCGGUAAAGGCGUCAGACUCUAUUAUAUUGGCGGCGAGGUCUUUGCGGAGUGUCUCUCCGAUUCGAGCAUCUUCGUGCAAAGUCCAAAUUGCAAUCAACGUUACGGUUGGCAUCCAGCUACCGUUUGCAAAAUACCACCUGGCUGUAAUCUGAAGAUCUUCAAUAAUCAAGAAUUUGCGGCAUUGUUGUCGCAAUCGGUGUCGCAAGGUUUCGAAGCGGUUUAUCAGCUGACGCGUAUGUGUACGAUCAGAAUGAGUUUCGUUAAGGGCUGGGGAGCGGAAUAUCGAAGACAGACAGUAACAUCGACGCCAUGUUGGAUCGAGUUGCAUCUUAAUGGUCCGUUGCAAUGGCUCGACAGGGUACUCACGCAAAUGGGUUCGCCACGUUUACCCUGUUCCUCGAUGUCUUAAAUAAUCAUAUAAAGAUCGAAUCAAUGAAAAGGAUUAUGAAGAACUCGUCUUUUUCUUAUCGUCGUCGUCGUCGUCGUCGUCGUCGUCGUCGUCAUCGUCGUCAUCGUCGUCAUCGUCGUCGUCGUCGUCGUUAUCGUUAUCGUUAUCGUUAUCGUUAUUAUCGUCGUCGUCGUCGUCGUCGUCGUCGUCGUCGUCGUCGUCGUCGUCGUCGUCAUUGUCGUUAAUCGGUCCAUUUUUCAUUUUCUCUUUAACGUCCUCAAUAAUAUCACCUCACAUAACCGGGAUUUACAGUGAACAAAUCACAAUGACAAGCGAAAAAAAAACGAAAAUAUAAUUAUACAUACAUACGUACAUACAUACAUACAUACAUACAUACAUACAUACAUACGUACAUACAUACAUACAUACAUAUAUACACAUAAUAGUUUAUCCGUUAAAACGUAAGAGACAAGUGAGAUAACGAUAAAUUUACGUACGCUAAAAUACUACAUACGUCGAGGGUUGUAUCAUCUCUCUUUGUAGGCUUCGAUUUCGACGAUCUGAGUACAACAGCACAAUCAACAACAACAAAAACAAAAUAACAAUGCUAUUAACAAGCAUAAGAGAAACGGGAUGAAGAAGAUAAACAAGAACGAGAAGAAGAAAACGAUUAUUCCCGUUGUUAAGUACGUAAGCUUUUUGUGAUUCGGCGAACGAUAAUCGAUAAUUGAAUGGAGAAGAAAAAUAGUCCAUGAUCGAGAACGUUCAAGCCUGUAUAAAAAAAAAGAAAAGAAAAGAAGAGAAAAAAAAAUUAUCACGUUAAGGUAUUUAAUCGCCGUAAGCGUGCGUUGCCGUCUAUUUCAAGGAGUAAAAAAUUAUUUUAUUUCGAUUUUUGAUAAAUGAUAGAAAGAAAGAGAGAAAG